CUAACGGAGUAAAAUAAAAUGCGCCUUCUCUAGGGUUCUAGCGCCGGAGUGGGAGGAAUGGCGCUCUCGCGCGCGUGAUUUCGCUGCGCAGAAUGCCCGGUCACAGACUCCAGGAGGUCAAUGUCAAGCAAGGCUGGAGGAUGGAAACGAGACAAUCUGCGAGUGAGAUUUCCUUCCGCUCGAUCCAUCGAAGAGACCGGCCUUGACUCGUCCAGGUACCGUGAAGACCCCUCCCUCUUCUCGCCGCAUUUGGCUCACCAGGGGCAGUCCAUUCUAGCUCCUGAUGGGAGCAUGUCGAUCGAUCGCUGGGGAGGAGAAAGCAAGCAAGAGGAAGAAGAGAAAGGCACCGAUGCUUCUUCUUCCACAAUUGCUCUUGAGCAGCGUCGAAAGAAACUGGGAGCUAGAAGCUUCAGGUCUCCGAGCUUCCGGCUCCAGGAAGGGAAGAUAGACGACGUUGCCGAGCAUGCCAAGGCCAAGAGGUUUAGAGUAAGGAAGGGAUGGAAGCUGGCAGAGGCAGUAAGAAGGCAUAGCCAGGCUUGCGAGAUGGACUCCAUGUCAAGCUUGAGUUACGAGAAUCUGGAGGAAGUUCUUCCUGCCGCUACUUCUUCUCCCAGAGCUAAAGUGGGAAAGGACGUGGGUGUACAGGUUGACUUAACAGUGGACGAAUUCAUGGGUGACAACGCUUCGUCGACGCUAGUGCCCGUGCUUGCCAAGUCCGAGAGUGAUUCCACGUCUCUUGCCAGCCCAAGUGUAGAUGAAAACAGUCCGACGUUUCCCAGCUCCAAAGCGGUCAUCGAUACCGAGAACGCAGGAGGAGUGCUAGAUUCUUCGACUCCAGGGGAGUCGCUACUGGCUCGCAAUAGGUGGCGGAGGCUCAGACAUACUGUGGCCUUUGCCACUCACAUGGCACACGUAAAGAAUUCUCCGAACGAUCUUCUGGAGGAGAAGAGGGUGGAGGAGCUGAAUGAAGGAGGGGCAGGAGGCGUUGGCGCGGCUGCGUUUGAAGGAUCGAAAACGGGGCCGCAACAUCGUUUGAAAGGGAGGAAAGGAAUGGAAGGGCUCGUUGUGCGACAGGACAAGUCACUCAUCGGUUUCGUCCAGGACUUUUACGUUGCUUGCUUGAAGAUGUCUAUCGGGUAUUUUCUAGUUGGAGUUUUUCUUGCUCCAAUGGCAUUGUCAUUAUUAUUCAUGCCUUUGUUCCUGCUAAACAUUGACGGGCUUACUUACGAUGAAGCUAUGGCGGAGCAGGGACUUAUCGGCCCUCUCGCGUCAGCGAAAGAAACAUGCUUAGCUGUUUUAAACGUCUUCCUUUAUGCGUUGUCUUUGUCAACAACCUUUGGCGGAUCUCCUGUCAUAGCGGUCUCACCGUAUUCUCUGUUGAUAGCAAACGUUAACACCCUUAUGGCACAAUUUUUGUUCGUCUUUCUCAGUGGAGCUGUGUUUGCCCGAAUGUCGCAGCCAUCGCAUCCCAUCCGGUGUUCAAAGAAAGCGAUAAUAAAGAAGGAUGACUACAUCCCGAGCUUGGGAGAUGGCGAAAAGUUCAGGGUCCUCAGCAUUCGACUAGUGUUGACAGGGCCACCGCCGUGCGAGCUUGUUGACGCUAAAAUAUGUCUCACUUUCAGGAUAUUUGUCACUCUCCCGUCUGGUUCCGUGUUUUGCUCGACUCAAGAUCUGGACGUAGUACGACCCGAGGUUUCAUACUUGAGAUAUGGACUCAUGGUGCGGCACAUCAUAGACAAGAAAAGUCCUGUCUAUGGACACACGAACGAAUCCUUGGUCGAUGGCGACGCUUCGUUUUCCUUGACUGUCAUGGGCCUGGAGCGAGCAUCAAUGCAGCCUAUAUUCCAUCUAGAGGAUUACUUCGUCCACGACGGCGACGUUGUCUGGGAUGCCGACUACGUAGAUUUCAUCCAGAUCAACGACAAAGGAUUGAGAGUACUGGAUCACUCCAAGAUCGACCUCCUCAAGACUUUCAAGGCCGCAGGAACAGUCUCGCAAGCCGUGGCUCGAAUGAAACGAGCGGUUGACAAGCGCGAAAGCGAGAAACAAGAAGAAGAAAUCCCCGAGACAGUCAGUCCGCUGAGAAGCUGGGCCUCGGGGAUUCGCAACAGGAAGCUCUGGAAAUGUAUGUCCUCCUCCUUUACUCGCGCCGAGACCUUCCGGUAGCGAGAUCAAAGCUUGCGAUCCAGAGACCAUAGAUCAAAGACGUGACAACACAAAGAUCUACAGUCACAAAGAUCAAAGCUUAUAUGUUAAUAAAUAUAAGCGGUGUUAUAUAUUUGUAGAUCAUAUGGAACAAUCUCUAAGAUCUUGCGAAGAUCACUUCUCUU